UACUGCGUCAUCAAUAUGCGACGUCGCUUGUGAAUGACGUGUAUUUCUGGGGCUGUUUGGUUGUUGCUGUUGUGUCCAUCACUAGCUAGCUAGGAGCUUCAACAAUGGAGACAAAACUGGAGACGGAUAACCUGGAGAUGCGUCUUCAGACGCUGGAGAGUCAUAUAUACGGCGAGAGGAGAAAUAAAAGUGGAAAACCCGUGAAGUGUGCUGAGUCGUUGGCCAGGAUCCAGGCAGGUCUGACCAAUACGGCCAAUAAGAGAGAACGAGUGAAGAUCCUGCACAAGAAGAUUGAGGACCUGCUGAAGUACCUGGACCCCCAGUUCACCGACCACAUCACUGUACCUGAUGCUAUGAAGCUGGAGUUCAUUCUCGCUGAGGAGGACUUCCUGCUUUCCCAGGCUGCUUUGCUGGAGCAGGUCAGCAACUUGCAGCCGCUGCUGGACAGCAACUACAUCAGAGAUGUACCAGAACACGCCACCAAGCUUCAGCGCCUGUCACAGAUUCACAUCAAAGAGCAGGACCAAACUGAGGCCCAGUCGCUGGAAGUGAAGAAGCUUUUUGAGGAAUACAACAAAAUGAUGUUCCUGCUGUCGAAGCAGUUCACCCAAUGGGACGAGACCCUGAGGAAGCUGGAGGAGACCAAGGGCAUUCGGCCUGUAGAGUAACUACACACACACACUUCUGAGGAGGAUGGUGAUGAUGAUGAAGACUGCACUGUGGUGGGAGUUUUAGAGCUUUAGAUGUUCAUAUGUAGCUUGUUCUUCCCCGAUAAGUCAGAACAAAAUGGAUGACAUUUCACUUUUUUUAACUGCUUAUCAAUGUAUAACCAGAAUUUAAUUAAAUCAGGCAAUAUAACAUUAACUAUGUUUACCUGCACAAAA